AUGAGUGUUCACGAUUUCAUCAAUCAGGAAGGAGAAUGGGAUCUCGAAAUGGUUCCGGAUGAAGAGAGACUGACCAACCGCUUCUCUCUAGUUGUCAAGGUCUUCUCGGAGCGAAGUGUUAGCCUAAGGGCUGUGAGAGGCAUGAUAAGAGCGGCCUGGGUGGACAACCCUAAGCCAAAAGUCCAAGAGAUGCCUAACGUCCAACCUGUCUAUGAGAACGUAUUCACUCUUGAUUUUGAGAAGAAGGAAGAAAUGGAGUCUAUAUGGCUGGAACGUCCCUGCCCCAUAUCUGGUACUCUGAUGCAAGUAAAGAAACUGUCUGGCCUUGAGACAGCGAGAGAGACCAGCUUCAGGAUGGUGGAUUUCGGGAUUCAAAUUCAUAACCUCCCAGAAGCCUACAGAACGGAGAGCAACAUUGCAAUGGUGAGCAUAAUGUUCCACCAAGUGAUUGACAUUGAUCGUGCAGCCCUACAAUCACAGAUUUACAGGAAGUAUGUGAGGGUUUUUGUUCAGGUGGACACCUCAAAACCAAUCCCUGAUGGUUUCUACAUCCGCCAGCAGCAGAAAAGGGUUUGGAUUGAUUUCAAGUAUGAGAAGAUGUUUUCUUUGUGCUAUUAUUGUGUGCUCUUUGAGCAUACCAGGUUGGAGUGUGAUCGAAGGAGAGCUGAUGAGGAGAAUGGGGUUCCGGUGCCAGAGGUUCAGAGAUGGGGACCAUGGACGAGGGCUAACUCACCCCUCUUCUCGCCUAGGACGAACCAGCAACAGGAGGUCAAAGCGGACUUGAUCAGGGACGCGGCGUCAUCUUCUGAUUCCCCAGGCGGAGGCCAGAUCCAAUCGUCGGCAACCUCCAUGACCGGAGCAACCCAGCAGACCAGUCAGAUGGUCCCACAUACUUUGGGGAUGCCGACUGCUACAAAUCAAUCCCCUCUUUCCAGCUUUGCCCGGAACUUUCCUCUAUCUCCGCCAGCAGGUUUGUUCACUACCCAAAACCCUAUCUCACCAUCUCCCCAAAGCUACCCAUCCCUUUCCCAUAAUCUCUCUGUGUUUGCUUCCCACCCCAAGGAGAGAGUGUUGCCAGAAACCUUUUCAGCUACCCACAAUCCCCUCUGUUGUCCCAACCGUACCACCAAAACAUAA